AUGGCCUGGCGCUCCUCCGGCUCCACCAACACCUCCCUCAUCGACAACCUCUUCGCCAACGGCCUCAUAACCAGCGAGCGCGUCGCGACCGCCAUGAAAUCCGUCGACCGCGCCCACUACGCUCCUGCCGCCCCAUAUCAAGACUCACCCCAAACCAUCGGCCACCGCGCCACCAUCAGCGCUCCACACAUGCACGCCAAUGCUGCUGAGUCGUUGCUGCCUUACCUGCAACCGGGUGCGAAAGUCCUCGAUGUAGGAAGUGGAAGCGGAUACCUCACGCACGUCCUCGCCGAGCUCGUCAAACCCGGCGGUGUUGUGGUGGGGAUCGAACAUAUUCAGCCUUUAGUCGACAUGGCGAUCUCGAACACGAGCAAGAGCCAAGAAGGUCGCGACCUCCUCCAAAGUGGUGCGAUCAAGUAUGUGAAAGGGGAUGGACGGCUAGGGUGGGAGCAGGAGGCGCCGUAUGAUGCGAUCCAUGUGGGAGCUGCGGCGGCGGGACAUCAGGAGAGGUUGAUUGAGCAGUUGAAGAAGCCGGGGAGGUUGUUUAUUCCGGUUGAGGAUGAAAAGGGGGAGCAGAGUGUUUGGGUGGUGGAGAAGGAUGAAGAGGGUAAAGUGGACAUGAGGAAGGAGUAUGGGGUGAGGUAUGUGCCGUUGACGGAUGCGCCGGAGGGUUGA